CUAUAAACGUCGUUUACUGUAAUCAGCUGAUGAUGACAGAUAUGAUAAAAUUAAUCUUGCUGUUGUGAAUUUGUCCUUUCGUGAUAUUCACUAGCCUUCUUGAGCUUCUUUAUUUACAUCACGGAUGUUUUGCUCUUGAUUUAUGACACAAAAAUCUUUCCCAUGAUGCACGUUACAACAUUCUUCAUUCCUCUUCAGCUUAAUUCCUUGUAGUCUACAUCCAUUUCGUUACCAUUUACGUUUGAACUGCACCACUUCAUGUGUGCUGCUACCUCAAAGCAAUGGCGAAGCUGGAGGUAGACAACGGAAACAUAUUCCGUAAAUUCCUCGCUCGGUCCGAGCUGCUUUUUGAGUUGACUUGUCAUCUCGACAUUGAAGAUUUUGUCUCUCUCUAUGCCAUCUCCAAGGAAUUUCAUUAUCUCGUCAAUCUGCGGCUAUCCACGCAGCUUCUGUCUCACGCCCGAAUGAAUGUGCCUCAGUCGGCCUUCAUCUUCCGCUUCAAAGCAUACCGGCAUCUGUGCAUCAAUGAUCCCACUGCGCCGCAAAACCAUGAAGCCAGCGGCAAGAUUCGACGUGUACCCAGCUUGCGUUGGCUUCGAAUGGUUCAUUUCCGAGAGAAGGUUGUCGAUGAGAUAAUUCAGCUGCUUGCCGAGGAGAGUCACCGCCUCCCUCCUGAAACCAAGCUUACAAUCAAGAAGAUCUGGUUUACUAUGGACCUUGCACACAACAGUACCAGAGUCGGCUUGAUGCACAAUAGUAGCUUCUGGACAGAUAACGACAUCUUCUAUGCCUGCUUGUUCUUCAUAAAGCUUGAUAUGCGCUUCAAUGAUCCAAUCGACGGAGAAGGACAUGGAGGGCUACGUCAACUGAUGCUGGGACAGAGAUCCUUGACUACUCUCUGGAAAGCACUUCGACAUGAGGAUCCCCUGACGCCACUGGGACUGAUGCGUCUGUAUGUUCGCUGGUCUUAUCAGCCAGCUCCUGAGCACAGGCACAUGAGCAUACUGGGCGUGCCAGCUGAUCAAGUGGGCAGAGGAUGCAAAGAAGGUUGGGGUAAAGGAGCAGUAAGCCUUCUUCGGCCUGAUCAGCUAGUGGUCAGGGAAGGUAUCAGACGACGCUUGGAUAUCCACAAGAGAUAUAUGGACAUGAUGCUCUUCGGAUAUAUGGACAACAAGACAUUCCAUGAGCUCUCUCUGUCCAAGCCGUCUGAGGACUUGCUUUUCAAAGAGCCCCUGGAUGACACUUUCGACAACGAGGGAAGUAUUCGGCACGAGGAUGUGAUAAUUGAUGAGCACUGAAGCUCAAGUUGGUCUUUGUUCGCACUCAGCGGCAUCUGUUCCCUUGAACUUUGUUAAUGUCUCAGGUCGAAAGCAAAAUCAUACUGGUUUGAAAAUGCGCAAGAGAAUCUGAGUUCUAGAUAAAAACAGUCCUCUGUUUAUACGAAGAAACCUGAAUAUCAUUUUAUCAUUCAAUUACUUAGUACUUCAACGUUUUCGAUGAUUGAAUCAAAAAGACCGCGUC